CGAUCCGACGGUAUCCCCUUGGAGGAAAUCUAAGCAACUACCAGGUUCACUAGGGCGCGUUCAGUUUACUCGUCUCUGGCGGCCCGUAAACAGUAAUUGCUUAUAAAAUAAUUCACACCGUUAGAGGCAAACAUGAAAGUCUCAAGCAUAGAUUGCCGUCGUCUCAAAAAGAUUAUCAGGAAGGAAUGUGGAACCUCUCUCAUUGUGGAUUGUCGACCUUAUUUUUCGUUCUCGAACUCUAAUAUCAAAGGCUCUGUCAAUGCCAACCUGAACUCGGUUGUUGUCCGGAGAUCCAGAGGAGGGCCGGUACCUCUUCAGUUUGUGAUCCCGGAUGAGAAAGCCCUGUUACGGCUGCGAGAGGGGAGCAUAUCGGCAGUGGUGGUUCUUGAUGACCGAGCUUCUCACUGGCAGAAACUGAAAAAGGACAGUAUCGCACAGAUAGUGAUUAAUACGCUCAAUAAUCUGGCGAGUGGGACAAACAUCUGUUUCCUAAAAGGGGGGUUUGAGAACUUCCAUGGCCAGUAUCCUGAACUUUGCACUGAGGUCGUGAAGCCCGUCGGCGUCGACCAGAACAACGGAACCGAAACCGGGAAAUGCAGGCCGAGUAUCGCCCUAUGCUGUGAGAAACUGGGCUCCAACCUCAAACCAGAUUACGAUCAGGGCAAGCCGGUGGAGAUCCUUCCUUUCCUGUACCUGGGCAGUGCAUACCAUGCCUCCAGGCAGGACUAUCUGAGUGACCUUGGAGUCACAGCCCUGCUGAACGUCUCCAGGAGGGACACCAGGCCCUCCAAAGGCCACUACGACUACAAGUGGAUCCCGGUGGAGGACAACGUCACAGCAGAUAUCAGCUCACAUUUCCAAGAGGCCUUCCAGUUCAUUGAUGGUGUGAAGCAGACAGGGGGUAGAGUCUUGGUGCACUGUGAGGCCGGCAUCUCCCGCUCCCCGACCAUCUGUCUGGCCUAUAUCAUGAGUACCAAGCGGCUACAGCUCGAAGAGGCCUUUGACAUCAUCAAACAGCGCCGCUCCCUCAUCUCGCCCAACUUCAGCUUCAUGGGCCAGCUGCUGCAGUUCGAGUCUGAGGUCCUCUCUUCGACACCUAUUACCGUGGCAACGACCCCCGAAACCGCCACCGAACCCGCCACGCCCUGUUGCAUCGGUAAAGAGACGGUCUCCUUCUUUGGGAGUUCGAAAGAGUACACAUUCAACAACAAUAACUUUGACUUUGAACCUUCCACAGUUUUCGCCCCCCUCCCUACCUCCUUCCUCACCCCCAUGCCUCUUCAGACUCCUCCACUCCGCCAUUUUAAAUUGAGCCCUAUAACUGCACUGCCUUAAGAUGUUACUGUUUAGUAGGUCUCAGAUUACUUGAAAAAUAACAAUAACAAAAUACAAAUAAAAUGCUCUAUUUGUCUGGCGCUGGCACAAGCCAGUAAUGAAGUGGAACGGCUGGCUAUACAGAAACAAAGACUGAGAGAAGAUAUUGCGUUGAUCGUCUAUAUGGGAUUUUUCAUUCAAGUUGGGAAAAGUCCCUGAAAUUCAGACUACAGUCUUUGUUUGAACUUUGAACUGCAGCGUGAAACCACAAAGACUACUGCAAUACAUGCCUUAGGUUGAUAAUGUGAUGUUUUGCCUAUUCACAUGCCGCAUCGAGGCAUUUUAACCUAAUUUAUUUGAUACAUCUUGUCCGUCUGAUUGUCUGUGUUUUUUCUAAAUACAAAUGUGGAUGCCAAUAAAUGUUUCCACCAGAAAGUA